AUGGCGGACAAUCUCUGCGGCCCGUCGACGGCUCUCAAGAGCUUCAGCGAGCAUGUCAACCGCGACCGCUCGGUGCAUCAAGACCGCGCUGCGCCUGGCCGUGCUGGACCUUCGAACUUCCGCUCCGCCCCAAAUGGCACGCACAGCAACGAGGCAGAGGCUCGGGCGUUUGCCGCUGGCGGUGCUGCCUUCCAGGCCGAGCCGAUGAUGGUGCCUGACAUGAACGGCCAUGUGCACCCAGCAGCGUUUCAGCAGAUGGGCCAAAUGGGACCGCACGCGCACCAUCCACAAGCACGUUUUGCUGGCCCAGGCGGCGUGGCUCCCGGGCACGCCAACGGCGCUAGCAACUCGAACAACUGGGCCACCGAGUUUGCGUUGUCUGGCACGGCAACUCACGUUGCUGCUCCUGCUGGUCCUUCGCCCGCGGCAGCUGCUGCUGCUCGUGCGCCCUAUGCUCCCCAGCAACCGCUGCAGGCCGUCAACCGUCUGCAGCACUUUUCUUCGGGCAUGAUGGCCCAGAGCCCCGCGUUUCUUUCUUCCAUGAACCAACCUUCUUUUGCAGGCACCCAGCAAUUCUCACAAUUCAAUUAUUCUUCACCCUCUUCUUCGUACGCUCCUCAACCUGCUGCUCUCACCACCAGCACCAGCACCACCACCACCAUGCCUCACAUUGCCCCUCCUUCGCUGCUUGAUAGCAACGCUCCCAGCGGCGUCGCUGGCCUCACCGAGGCCGAGCUUGAGGCCCGUUUUGCAGAGGCGGAGUCCAACUUCGACUUUCAGAACGAAAUGGACGCGUGGAUGCAACAGCAUGGCCCCACGGCGGAAGAGCGCGGCGAGACGUCGGCGGCGCAGACGGAAGACGUCGACGCCAUCCUCGAAUCCCUCGCGGAUGAGCUCGACGCCCAGCGCCUGGCCGAAUCAACGGAGGCUGCUGCCGCUCUUGAUGCAGCCACUGCGGAUGCUGCUGCGGCGGACGAGACCGCCGCGGCGGAACAGGCCGAGCAGGACCUGGCGCGUGACCAGGACGACCUGGCCCGCACGGCAGGCCAGAUUGUGCACACGCUGGACGCUCACCCCAGCACCAAGUUCCAAGAGUCGUCCUUUAUGCGGCUCAUGAAGCGGAUUCAGACGCGCGAGGUCACCGUCCAGGGCGACAAUCUGGUCGACGAGGCCACGGGCCAGCCCAUCGAGCAGCCGGUCCGCACGGAGAUGGCUCCCAUGACCACGACCACGGCCACGACCACGACCACCGCGGCACAGGAGUCGGAGACGACCAACGGCGCCACGGCCUAG